GAGAGGGAGACACAUGACAUGAAACCUGAAAAGGAUAAAACAAAAAUCAAUAUUCUUGUUUUGUGUCUGUCUGAAAACCAAAGGUGAUGCUGUGUGCACCACCAUUCCAAGAUGCCAUUUAUUCUUCAUCCUUCUAAAUUUCUUUGCUUUCCCAACUGCACAACAAUACCAGUUAAGGACACCACCCUUUUGGCCAACACCUUCAUCAAGAAACCAAACACCAGUCCCAGUAAGCACCAAAAGUUUCGUUCUUUUGCUAAGAUUACUCUUUCCACUCCCCGUGCAUCCAUAGUUUCUAAGAAAGAUUCAAUUUUGGGUUAUACCCACUUCACACUUUGCUCCAGGAGUGAUGGGUUUGGUGGAUAUUCCACCGAUGUGUCUCAAGAGGCUAUCGAUGAUGAAACCACCGCUCAAGAACUUGAGAAGCUUGAGCUGCUAAACAAGCCUUCUCCUGUGCUUGUUACAGAAGAGCCCUCGCCUGAAGUUGAAGUGGAACAGCAAGAAAAACCCUCGGAAGAGGAGGCUUUGGCACCUUUCUUGAAGUUUUUCAAAGGUAAAAAUUCCGGGGAGGAUGAUGAGGAAGAGAGUGAGGGGUUGGAGGCUGAGAAGAAAGAGGGAGAUAAGAAGGUUAAUGUUGAGUACUAUGACCCAAAACCUGGAGAUUUUGUGGUGGGUGUUGUUGUUUCAGGUAAUGAAAACAAGCUUGAUAUCAAUGUAGGGGCAGACUUGCUAGGUACAAUGUUGACUAAGGAAGUGCUUCCCUUAUACGAUAAGGAAAUGGAGAACCUGUUGUGUGAUGUGAACAGGGAUGCCGAGGAUUUCAUGGUUCAGGGGAAGAUAGGAAUUGUGAAGAAUGAGGAGGCAAUAAGUGGAGUAUCAGUGCCUGGAAGGCCUGUUGUAGAAAUUGGAACCAUUUUGUUUGCUGAGGUUUUAGGCAGGACAAUUAGUGGCCGACCAUUACUUUCCACCAGAAGACUCUUUCGCAGGAUUGCCUGGCAUCGAGUGAGGCAGAUAAAACAGCUCAAUGAUCCUAUAGAGGUUAGAAUCACGGAGUGGAAUACCGGGGGCCUGCUAACAAGGAUUGAGGGUUUGCGAGCUUUCGUACCCAAAGCUGAGCUUGUAAAAAAAGCAACUAGCUUUACAGAAUUGAAAGAAAAUGUGGGGCGCCGCAUGUAUGUACAAAUUACUCAGAUAGAUGAAACUAAAAACAAUUUAAUACUUAGUGAAAAGGAAGCUUGGGAAAAACUGAAUCUUCGUGAGGGAACACUUCUAGAUGGGACUGUGAAAAAGAUCUUACCGUAUGGAGCCCAAAUUAAGCUAGGAAAAAGUAACAGAAGUGGAUUGCUGCAUGUUUCAAAUAUCUCAAGAGCUGAAAUUACUUCUGUCAGUGACGUACUAUCUGUUGAUGAGAAUGUCAAAGUUCUUGUUAUGAGGUCAAUGUUUCCUGAUAAAAUUUCUUUAAGCAUUGCUGAACUUGAAAGUGAACCUGGCCUCUUUCUAUCAAAUAAAGAGAGAGUUUAUCUGGAGGCUGAUAUGAUGGCAAAGAAAUACAAGGAAAAGCUACCACCUUCUGUCGAAACUCAAAGAUUAGAACCCAUACCUACCAGUACCCUACCUUUUGAAAAUGAAGCUCUUUAUGCAAACUGGAAGUGGUUUAAGUUUGAAAAAUAAUGAUGCAACAAGUUGACACAAAAUCAUGAUAUUAGUCACUGACAGAAACUCAAUUCAGAGAACUUGGCGUUGCAUGGGGGCGUGCCUCUCUGGAAGAAAACAUCAAAAGACUUAAGUGGUUUUUCGUUUAGAUGCAGUCAUUGUUCUCCUGAUGAGUACCAUAAAGAUUACAAGCCACUAUGAGAUCAAAAGGACAGCAUAAUUAACUUUUAUUCUUUUUUCUGUAACCAAGAAAGAUUCGUCUUCCUUUCCUUUCAUCUUAAUUUUUCUCCCGUGGGGCAUCAUUUUAUAGAUAGAUUUAUGUAGCUUUAUGUAAAUUCUGGAUAAAUUUUGAAUUUAAUUUUGAUUAACACUUGUGAAGAUCAAAA